UAUCCGAUCAGGCAAUGCGUAAACAGCGGAUGACAUUUCUCGGUGAGACUCGGCGCUCAGCGGACGUGCGUCAACGAGGCUUCCCCCCCCCCCGGCCAACCCAUCACCAACCCUGCGAGUAAAUGUUCACCGACAAGAUGAUGAUGUCCCCGUGGGACCGCUGGUACUCCACAAGCUGCUGCCUGUGCUGCCAUGUCCGCACAGGAACCAUCAUCCUGGGGGUCUGGUACAUGCUCAUCAAUGCCGUGGUGUUACUCAUCCUGCUCACAGCGCUAAGUGAUCCUGAGAAGUACCACCUGACCAGCGCUGAGUUGGCUAAUGACCUAGAUGUCAUGGAUGAUGCCAACAUGUGCAUUGCCUCAGCAAUCUCCCUGCUGAUGAUACUUAUAUGUGGCAUGGCAACAUAUGGUGCAUACAAGCUGCGUGCCGCAUGGAUCAUCCCCUUUUUCUGCUAUCAAAUAUUUGACUUUUCUCUUAACACCCUGGUGGCUGUUAGCAUUGUUGUGUACCCAAACACAAUACAGGAUUACCUACAGCAGCUGCCUGAUAAUUUCCCUUACAAAGAGGAGGUCACUGGUCUCAGUAACAUCUGCCUGGUCCUUAUUGUGUUGCUCUUCAUUGGCUGCAUCAUCGGCUUCAAGGCCUAUCUGAUAGCAUGUGUGUGGAACUGCUACAGAUACGUGAGUGGCAGGGGGGGUUCUGGAAUCCUGCUUUACAUUACCACCAAUGACACCACGGUGCUGCUGCCUCCGUAUGAUGACAGCGUCAGCAUCCCUUGCAAACAGGCUCCUCUGUCCUACAUCUCUGCUGAAGCUACGGCAUGAAAACGUUCCGCUGUAUGGAUGCUGUUAAUACUCGAUACAAUAUACUUGAGCAAAAUUAUGCACCACACUGCCUCUCCAGUAAACAUUACAUUCAUAAAUAUCCAUCAUAAGUACAAAAGCCUCCAAUUCACAUAUGCACAAGGGCUCACCACCACCGUGAGCUCCCAUUCCAUCUUGGUAUUACCAAUGAACUUAUAUUUUCCCUGUAAUUCAUCUUUUCUCUUCCUUUUAGGUUAAUUCCAGAAAUUAUUUGCUUUUUUACCCACUAGAAUCUGGCUAAAAUGACAUGAAAGCUGUAGAAAGUUGAAUAGAUUACUUAUACGUUUAUUAAUUAUAUUUAUUAUGUGGAUCUUAGUUUCUCUGGACAUAUUUAUCUUAUGCACAAAGGCAACAUGCUGUCCACAGUAUGGAUCAGUGUAGGAAUGGGUACGUCGUUGUCAUGUAUUGGUCUUGUCUCUGUUCAUGAUCAGGGUUGGAUUGCCUUCUUUCACAAGUCUCACACUAAUGGGUUGCACUUUAUGGCCUCAUGUAUGAAGUGUCACCUUCACUUGAAGUUUCCCAAAGAGAUUUAUCUGCCUGUAUUCUGAAAUGAUCAAAGAGCAGCCCUAAUGUAUGUCCAGCAUAUCACCUUUUUUCCUUGUUACAUUUGACUGCAAACAUAAUUAUGUUAUUGUAUUAGGAGUGUAGAGUUGUGCUGGUGAACUUCUGUGUUUCUACUGACUGGCAAGAAAUGUCUUAGGAUGCUGUAUUUCUAUUUUAAAGGACAAUAGCAGCACUCAUCUGGAAUCGGUUUGCUCUGUGAAUAAGGAGAACUUGGAGCUUUGGAAAAGCAGGUCCUGGUUGUGUUAUUUCAAUCAAGGAAAAUAAAGCUUUUUUGUCUGUAUAAACAUUACACAACCCUACUCCACCAGAUGGACUUAUUGGCUUGUUGCUGCCUGAAAACAAAACCUUUUGCAAGGAUGCAGAAGGCACUGUUGUACAGAAAUAACUGAUGCGACAUUUUUGUCUAUUAAAAUCAAAUUUUCCUCAUUUUAAAA